UGGCAACACCACAGUAAUUAGAGCAUGAAAGCCAAGAGAUGUGACUCUAAACUAGCAGUAAUUCAGCACGUUAGUGGAACUUCAUAAAUGAGAGAUGAUUCGAAGUGCCAACCUGAAGAAAGAAGAUCAAAUGGAGAUGGUGGUGGAAAUAUAUGACAGCGUAGACAAUAUUAGAAGUCAAGACCACAACACAGAACCGGUGUAUGCCAACACAAAGAAGACCCCGCAAACCCAACAACUGGUGUAUGCCAACACAAAGAAGACCCCGCAAACCCAACAUACAGUAGGUGCCAGGACAGGAUGCCGCAGACUGGCUGCAGUGUGUCUGGGGCUGCUGUGUGUUCUUCUCCUAACUGCCACCACAGUUUUAUCGUUCAAGUUCUGCCUGCUGACUACAGACAGAGCCCAGUUAGAGAGAAGUUAUGAAAACGUGGUUGCAGAGAGAGAACAAAACAUAAAAUGGCUUUCAGAACAGGCCGGCCAGUUUAUAUGGACAUACAAUGGCAGUUUUUACUACAUCUCCAAAGAAAUUAACACCUGGAAUAAGAGUAGGAGCUACUGCAGAGAGAGGGGAGCUGACCUGGUGAUCAUAAACAGCAGAGGGGAGCAGGACUUUGUUGACAAGUUGAGAAAUAAAAAUCAAGCUUGGAUUGGUCUGACUGACCAGGCCUCAGAGGGGGUCUGGAAAUGGGUGGAUGACUCAGCGCUGACCACUGGGUACUGGUUUAGAGGAGAACCCAAUGAUUCUAACAGAAAUGAGGACUGUGCUGUAAGUGGCUAUAAGGAAGAUAAUGCAUCAAACUGGGCUGAUUCUUCCUGUGAGAAUAAAAAGCUUUGGAUCUGCGAGAAGAAAAUGUUUUAACCAAGUCUACUACUGACAGCUGAAAUGUAAGAUUUGUCUCUUAAAAUAUUGCUGUGACUGGGAAUUUUCCUGUAGACAACAGUUUCAUUUAUUAAAUACAUAAAAUAAUCUUAAAAAUG